AUGUUUGCUAUUACAAUAAAGGAUAUAAAUAAAUACAUUAAGAAACAGAUCCAGCCAGAACCAGAUCUAAAGGAGGUUCUUCUAGUGGAAUUUCAAGAAUUUGCAGAUGUCUUCUCAAAGGAGGUUUCUGAUACUCUUCCAGAGCAUAGGGAGGAGUAUGACCACAAGAUCGAACUGGAAGCAGGUGCCGAACUGCCCCGAACGCAGCCCUUGCGUAGGAUGAGCCCAGAUGAGCUCAAGGUGAUUAAGAAAUACAUCGAGGAGCAUCUCGAGAAGGGGUUCAUUGAACCAAGCACCGCCUCGUUCGCAUCGCUAAUUCUUCUAGUACGGAAACCCUAA